GGAAGACGUGGUGAGCACACAAGCCACUGUCGGAAUUGCGAGGUGCAGAGCCGUCGCUGCUGCCUGCGGAUCCGCGCCCGGAGUUUGAGGAACCACCCUCUUGCUCGGCUUCCCCAGCGCAGCCAAGAUGCUGUCCUGCCGCCUCCAGUGCGCUCUGGCCGCGCUCUCCAUCGUCCUGGCCCUGGGCGGUGUCACCGGAGCGCCCUCGGACCCCAGACUCCGCCAGUUUCUGCAGAAGUCUCUGGCUGCUGCGGCGGGGAAGCAGGAGCUGGCCAAGUAUUUCUUGGCAGAGCUAAUGUCUGAACCCAACCAGACAGAGAACGAUGCCCUGGAACCUGAAGAUUUGUCCCAGGCUGCUGAGCAGGAUGACAUGAGGCUGGAGUUGCAGAGAUCUGCUAACUCAAAUCCAGCCAUGGCACCCCGAGAACGUAAAGCUGGCUGCAAGAAUUUCUUCUGGAAGACUUUCACAUCCUGUUAGUUUUAUUAAUGGUACUUCUCAGGCCUCUGAUCCCUCACCUCCAAACCCCAUUCCUCUUCCCUAGUCCCGUAAAUCCUCAGCUAGACCCUUGCAUUAGAAAUUGAAAACUGUAAAUACAAAAUAAAAUUAUGGUGAAAAUAUGGAAAA